ACAGGGGACGCAAGGAAAACCACAUUUAAAACAGACUUGGUAAAAUUUGCUAAAAUUAGCCAAUUAUGAAAAGAAACAGACGAUUGAUUCCUUUUUGUCUUCUGGUUUAGUCUUCGCCCUGAAGGCCCCGCGCUUCUUUCGAACGGCGGCUCUAUCCCGUGAUCGUCUCACUUUCCAAGCCAAAGGAUUGGGGGCCGAUACACACGGGGAGGGCGCGAAACCCUCCUCGUCUGCAAAUUCGGAGUUGCAGGGAUUUGGGGGAUACAGUCCGGCCCCGCCGGCCGGCGGCUCGCACUCUCAUGGGGCCCGGGCUCUGGCCCUCGCCGCUGGCCGGCGCGUGGCGGGGCGCGUGGGUCUUCGAGGGUCCGCGACGCGGCGCACAUGCUGAUGCCCGCCUCCCGCGUCGGCGAGAAGACAGGGAGCUCGGACACGGGGAGGCUGACCCGGAGCCUACCCAUGAGGCAGCGCGCCGGCUGCAUGAGAGCCCCCCCUUUCCACGGCUCGGCUGCCAGCUCCGCAAUGGGAGCCGCCGCCGUCGCCGCAGUGUAGUUUUUCGUGCUCCUCCUUUUCCUCCUCCUCUUUCUCCUCCUCCUCAGGGCUCCAGUCAGGCCGAUCCGCUCCGCUCACGGAAGGAAAACAGAAAUAACUUGCUGCGUUGUCUGGAGUUACAUGGUAAUUCAAAAAUGGCAGAACUGUUUAUGGAAUGUGAAGAAGAGGAGCUGGAACCAUGGCAGAAGAAAGUAAAAGAAGUUGAGGAUGAUGAUGAUGAUGAGCCAAUCUUUGUUGGAGAGAUAUCAAGUUCAAAACCAGCAAUUUCAAAUAUUUUGAACAGAGUUAACCCCAGCUCAUAUUCAAGGGGACUAAAGAAUGGUGCACUCAGUCGAGGUAUUACUGCUGCAUUCAAGCCUACAAGUCAACACUACACGAAUCCAACAUCAAAUCCCGUGCCUGCCUCACCAAUAAAUUUUCAUCCUGAGUCUAGAUCUUCAGAUAGUUCUGUUAUUGUUCAGCCUUUUUCUAAACCUGGUUAUAUAACAAACUCAUCACGAGUUGUGUCUAAUAAGUCGUCAGAGUUACUGUUUGACUUGACCCAGGAUACAGGGUUAUCACAUUACCAAGGGAGACCAACACUUUCUAUAGCAGGUAUGAAUGAAAGUUCAUUUUUAUCAAAACGUCCUUCUACUUCUGAAGUUAAUAAUGUUAAUCCAAAGAAGCCUAAGCCUAGCGAAAGUGUUUCUGGAGCAAAUUCCUCAGCUGCAUUACCUUCAGUUAAAUCUCCUUCAGUGACAUCUUCCCAGGCUAUGUCAGCAAAAGGUGCAAAUACCACAUCAAAUCAAUCUAAAAAUGGAACGCCUUUUCCAAGAGCUUGUCCAAAGUGCAACAUUCAUUUCAAUCUUUUGGAUCCUUUGAAAAAUCACAUGAAGUAUUGUUGUCCAGACAUGAUAAAUAACUUUUUGGGACUGGCUAAAACAGAAUUUUCAAGUACAGUAAAUAAAAACACAACUAUUGAUUCAGAGAAAGGAAAAUUGAUCAUGUUAGUUAAUGACUUUUAUUAUGGAAAACAUGAAGGAGAUGUCCAGGAAGAACAGAAGACUCACACAACCUUUAAAUGCUUCAGUUGCUUGAAAAUUCUAAAAAAUAACAUUAGGUUUAUGAACCACAUGAAACACCACUUGGAACUUGAGAAGCAGAGCAGUGAGAGCUGGGAAAACCAUACCACCUGCCAGCACUGUUACCGUCAGUUUCCCACACCAUUUCAGUUGCAGUGUCACAUCGAAAGUACACAUACCCCCCAUGAAUUUUCUACUAUUUGUAAAAUCUGUGAAUUGUCAUUUGAAACAGAGCAUGUUCUUUUACAACAUAUGAAGGACAAUCAUAAACCUGGUGAAAUGCCAUAUGUCUGCCAGGUUUGCAAUUAUAGAUCAUCAUCAUUUUCUGAUGUGGAAACUCAUUUUAGAACAUCCCAUGAAAACACUAAGAACUUGCUAUGUCCAUUUUGCCUCAAAGUUAUUAAAAUUGCAACGCCAUAUAUGCAUCAUUAUAUGAAACAUCAGAAAAAAGGAAUACAUCGUUGUACAAAAUGCAGGCUGCAGUUUUUGACGUGCAAGGAGAAAAUGGAUCAUAAGACUCAACAUCAUCGAACAUUUGUAAAACCUAAACAACUAGAAGGAUUACCUCCUGGAACAAAAGUUACUAUUCGAGCUUCAGUUGGACCUCUGCAAUCAGGAGCUUCACCUACACCUUCCAUUAGUGCAAGUGCUUCCACCCUUCAGCUCUCACCUCCAAGGACUAAAAAUAUAACUGCUAAAACUCCUGCAAAAUCUAAUACAAGUAAACCUAAUAUAAUCAAAUCCAACACAAGUAAACCUAAUACAAGUAAGCCUAAUGGAAGUAAAUCUAAAUACAAAUCAAAAAUCUCUAAUAUGCAAAAGAAACAAAGCACAUUGGCUAGUAGCAAUAAAAAAAGUAAAGUCAAUACAGCAUUGAGGAAUUUAAGGUAUCGUCUGGGCGUUCACAAGUGCAUUGAGUGUUGUUCUGAAAUAAAAGAUUUUGCAAACCACUUUCCUACGUAUGUCCACUGUAGUUUUUGCAGAUACAACACUAGCUGUAGCAAAGCCUAUGUAAAUCAUAUGAUGAGCUUUCAUAGUAACCGUCCAAGCAAAAGAUUUUGUAUUUUUAAGAAGCAUUCAGAAAAUCUCAGGGGCAUUACUCUAGUGUGCCUUAAUUGUGAUUUCCUAAGUGAUGUUUCUGGCUUAGAUAAUAUGGCUACACACUUAAGUCAACAUGAAACUCAUACUUGCCAAGUUGUAAUGCAGAAAGUUUCUGUUUGUAUCCCAACUUCUGAGCACCUUUCUGAAUGCAGAAGCAGCCCAGAGAUUUCAAAAUAUGUCCAGGGUAUACCUGGACAGUGUCCCCCUUCGAUGGACACAACUGAUGCCUGUUCUCUCUUUCCAAGGAGUGUGAAUAAUUUGACUGUGGGACCUGCUCUUAGGUUGUGGCCUCAGGAAAUCAGAUCUUGGGGAGACUCCCUUUCUACAUGGCCCGCCUCCCAUAAGGCUGAUGCUGUUUGGCCAGAGAUGGCUUUAAGGCCCGCCAAAUUGAGCAUACUUCCCACUGGGGGCUUUGGCUCAUGAUCUUAAGCUUAUAAGGCAAUUAUGACCAAGAAAAGCCCAUCAAAUCACUGCUUCAACAUCCAAGUUGAAGUUUAGUCAUUUUGGCUGCUGCCCUUAAAUCUUUCUCUAGUAUGAAUACAGUCCAAGGAAUAUUAAAACUCUAGUUGUUAGGAAACCAUGGCUAUUUUCAUAUCCUUGGAACAACAGGUCUCCACAAUUAUGUUCCAAAAUUGCAUUUAUUUUUGCUGACAUAUAAAAUCUGUUAACCAGUAUUAAUUCUGUAAUUUUUUUUAAUGAUAACAAUUCUUGCAUUUUGAUUUUUUUAAAUUAAUUUAAUUUUAAUAGCUUGGUUUUAUGUUCUCAAAAUUUAUUAAUGUCUAUUUUAUGAUGUCUAUUUUUAUAUUUUUUUAUUUAAAAUUUGUUAGUGUUUGUUUUAAGAACUCUAAGAGAUUUCAUAGAAUUCUCUACAGAUUUUGUAUAGCUGCCUAUUUGUAGAUUUUGAAUUUGGCUGUUAGCCCAUUAGACAUUAUUAUUAUUCUGUCCCAUUGGGAUUAUUUUUAAUAUUACCUCAGUUGUGAGUUCUUAGGUGUAAAGAAUUGGCAGUACUACUUGCAGACCUUUAGAGCCAGUUUUAAGGUUACAUAUUUGUCAUGUAUGAUGUAAUAUCUACUAAGCCAUUAAUGUAGCUCCUUUGGGUAAAGGUAACAUAUUAAAAAAAAUAUGGAUGGUAAUCAGUAAUGCAUGUAUUUCUUUCCUUUAUAUAUUUUAAGUUUGGCAUGUGUUUAUUUUAGUUACAUUGAAUGAUCUAAACACUUUUGAUACUAUUAUUUUCUUUUAAUAAAUUAUAUUGUUUAAGUGCCUCAGGAAUUAUUUGCUAAUGAAUAAAAUGUACAGAUUUUAUCCUAUAAACAGGAACAUUGCUCUAAUUGUUAUAUGGAAGUCUUGUUACUGGGCUGCAGACAGAGUGCUGUAUCUACUUAGUACACCUUGCAUUUUUUUCUUGCAGUACAAUGAAAAGGUUACUAUUUAUACUCUACUAAUUUCUUAAAUUUAAAAGACUAGCAAAAUGCCUUUUGUGAUAUUAAUAGCAUAAGGAUAGGAAGGCUCUGAAAUUAUGACUCAAUGGUAGAUUUUUACUGUAAAAUCAGAACUUCUAUAUUUGCAUUUUAGAACAUUUUUAAAGCCAGUUUAAGUGACCACAUAUUAUAUGAUGUGUUUCUUAGAAUUAAGUAGCAGAAGAAUUAUUAGUUCUAAAUUUCCAAACUAAUUUAUAUCUCAAAUGAAAGGUUUUCCAAAAUCUCCACAAGUGGUUUGUUUCUUAGUAGUGGACUUAGUGAUAUACUAGUUUUAUUUUGUUUUUUUCCUUAUUUGUCUCUAGGAAUUUUUGCUGUCUGCCCUCUUUCUACCCAGUUUUUAAAAGUUUAUCCAGAAACAAUAACUUUUUCUGUUUUAAACAUUAGUUCUGUAUUCAUUUACAGAGAUUCACCUUACCUUGGUCAUAGGUCGAAAGUAGGAUAAACCACAUUCUUAAUAUAGUAAUGUGGGAGUACAGUCAACCCUCCAUAUCCUUGGGUUUCAUGUCUGCAGAUUCAGCCAACCAUGGAUUGAAAAUAUUUUGUUGGGGGAAAAACAAUGAGAAAUAACAAUAGAACAGUAAAAAAAUACAAAUGAAAAAAUACAAUAUAACAACCAUUUACAUAGCAUUUACAUUGUAUAAGUGACCUGAGCAUCUGAGAACUUUGUUAUUCUUGGUGGGGGCUUGGGGAAGUAGGGGUACUUGUGGGACGAGGGCAGGUCCUGUAACCAAUCCCCUACCGAUACCAAGGAACAACUGUACUUCUUUGUGGUCUUACACAGAAUUUUAUUUUUUAUAGUAUGUAUCAAAUUCAUUUUCUUAAAAUAUGAACUCUUAAAGUUCUGUCACUAGUAAAUUCAUUUUUUAAAAAAAUUGGUUCAGAUAAAACACUUGGCAGUCAGUACAAAAUUUGCUUAUUGUAGACAAUUAGUUGAAUUUCAUUUUGGUGCUAAUGAGUUUUAGCUUGAGUCUAAUCCCACCUUACCAUCAUGUUAUUCUGCUUUAUUCAUCUGGUCAGCCAUUUCAUGCAUAUGUGUUUUUUGGCUACUGUUGAAUAAAAGGUGUGAUUGGUUCAGUGUGAGUCCAUCACCAUUCUUAAGAAAAUAAUUAAACUAUAGAGGCUCAGAUUCUUGCCCUAUUUUUGUCACAUUUUGGCAAAACACUUUUUUAUUCAGGGAAUAUUUAUUGAGCAUCUACUUUGUGCCUGGCAGUGUCCUAGGUGUUAGAAAUAUAGACUGAAAUCUCUGGUCUUAUGGAAUUUACAUUACAGUUGUGAAAGACAAUAAAAA